AAGCACCUGCUCCUCUGAGUCUGAAGCAGCGGCUGGACAUUCUCAUCGGCAUUGCACGUGGCUUUGAGUACCUCCACAGCUUCGGCAUUGUGCACCGCGACAUCAAACCCGCCGACAUCCUCAUCACCGAUGACAUGCAGGCCAAGAUUGCAGACUUUGGGCUGCUGAGGAUGGGAGAGGGAACGACAGUGGGCACGACCCGCAUCAUGGGAACACCGGGCUAUGUGGAUCCAGUCUAUUCGAAGACGUUUAAGGCCACCGCAGCCAGUGAUGUCUACAGCUUUGCUGUGCUCAUGCUUGUGGUGCUCACUGGACGCCCUCCACUCUCUGAGGAGGAUGGGGAAACCACGAAGAUCAUGCCAUGGGCAUCUGAGUGCCUAUCUUCGGGUGACUUGGGGAGCCUCAAGCACCCCACCAUGGACGCCCCUGGGGAUGCCGUGCUGCGCUUGGCUGGGCUGGCAGUCAGCUGCACUGUGGAGCGCACUGCAAGCCGCCCAAGCAUGGCGCACAUUGCCAACGAGCUUCAGUCUGUCAGGGAGGAGGUGGCGGGGAAAGACGAGCUGAGCGCUGCCGUUAAGGUGGAUUCCCAGGUUCAGGAGAUGAAAGAUUCUUUCGCGGGUGUGGAAAGUCUCGAGGAACAACUUCAGAUGAUAGAGGAUAACAGUAGCUUCAUCAACAAACACCCAGUCUAG